GAAGCUUCGACCGGCACACGGGCGAGAGUCAGCCUCCGGAGCCCGCGGGAUAUCCCGGCUAGCUCGCGAUCCGACAUAAAACCGUCGCCGAUUUCGAUCCAAACCACAAAAAAUACAUUAAAAAUAUAUAAAACGUCAAAAAUGUUCCCGCGCUUACACCGAACUGUCAAAUUUAAAUAUCGAAUGCUAGAUGAUUGUCUUAGCGGCCAGUGCGCGAAAUCUUAACCGAAUGUUAUAACGUGACCUUUGUUGUAAGAUUUGUGCUAUUUUUUUAACGUUAUUUCGAUUAUUACUUUUAAUAACGGCGGACGCGAGUGAUAUUUGUUUGGAAUAAUGGGCUUAUUCGGUGAAAUGAAGCGUUAAUACACAUUGGGAUGAUAAUAUAACCUCAAAAUGACUAACGUGAAGUUAAAAUUGAUGUUCUAUCUCCUCAACUCAUUGCUGACUGCAGAUGUAGUUCAAGCGAGGCCGUAUUCUGACAACAUGACCGACGUCAUCAUCAAAUACUCCAACAACGACACUUUCAUACCAGUGGACCCUAAUUCUGACACGCUAGUAGUAGCUGAUGAUGAUACAGAGGCUACCAAAGAUGUUGACGCAGCGAAAGAAGAGGCGGCAGAGAACGCAGCAAGAGAAGAAGAAGCAGAAAACGCAGCAAAUGAAGAAGCUGCAGCAAACGCAGCGAAAGAAGACGCGAUAGCGCGAAAAGAAGCAAAACACAACGCGGAACAAAAACGAAACAUAUCAACAUUAUUAGAUGAAAUAAUAGAUUCAGAAACCAAUAGGGAUGAUACGAUAACCGAUCUACUAUUUCGACCCGAAUCAGAAUUCGUUGGGGACGUGCCCAAAUUUGAAUUCCUUGUAGCUGUUAAAGUGAAUGAGAGUGACUUUGGUAAUAGGAGUGCGAGUGGGAUGGGUGGAUAUAGUGACAAUUUGCUAGAUAAGGACAGAAAUAGCAGUGAUGUGCUGAAGAAGUUGGAUUAUGUUGAAUUGGUAGAAGUGGUGAAGGCCUCUAAAGAGAACAAGAGUGCCUAUAUGCUGAACAUUACUGGACACGAGCUGGAAAAUGAUCUCGCACCGGACACGAGUGAGUAUUAUCAUUAAAUGUUAUUUUUUGCUUCUUUUUCUUAUUUUCGUAUUAUCGGCUGGUACGAGUAUAUUUAGUACGCAGGAAUUAC